AUGGAUGUGCCUAAGGCGGGCUCUUCGUGUGUGUGCGCAGUUGCGCCGCUCGCAGCGGAGAAUGCAGCCCGCCGUGCAGUCGGCGCCGCGGGGCUAGCUGCCUCCGCCCGCCCACCGCCGCUCGCCGCCCCCGCCCUCACCGCCGCCGCCGCCCGCUCGCCCGCGCACGGACGCCGCCGCGCCGCCGCCCGCGCAGGGCCGCUGGCCCCGACUGGGAGCACGCGCUCAGGCCCCCGCGCCGCCCCCGCGCCGCCGCCGGAAAGAUCUUCCUUGGCGGCAAAUGAAUGUGUACGUCCGGUGGACACAUCAGAAGAGGUGGAAACAACCUAA